AUGUUGGAGCUGCCGCAAAUUACACAAGAAGAAGAAGAAGAAGAAGAAGAAGAAGAAGAAGAAGAAGAAGAAGAAGAAGAAGAAGAAGAAGAGUAUUUUCUUGUUCUAAUCUGCGGACCAUCGCAAAUAGAGCCCGUGGGAUUACUUUUCACAAUGUUGAUGAUGGAUGUGAUGUGCUGUAAAUCAGGAACUGAUCAGGGCUUACAGGAUGAUGAAUCUACUGAUCAAACCUCCACAGAGUCUCUGGAUUCUGUCUGUAACGCUGGAGAACAGCAGCAGAUCCUGCAGACCAAACUCAAGAUGUGUUCAGUCAAACUGGAGGACAGUGGAAACCAAAUGGAGAUAAAAACAGAACCAAUGGAAGAAAACAUUCAUUAUGGUGAUUUUGUUCCUUCAGAUGUGAAGAGUGAAUCAUGUCUGGAUGGAGAAAUAACAUCAUCAACAUCAAAAGAAGAUGUGAAGAGGGAAUCAUUUUUGGAUGGAGAAAUAACGUCCCCAACAUCAAAAGAGCGACAGACAGCACAAACUCAAGAGAAUAAACCUCAUUCAGAAGAGCACAGAGAGAAGAAGUUGUUUCACUGUCAGCAGUGUGGGAAGGGUUUUGAAGUCUUAUCUAAGCUGACAUGUCACAUGAGGACACACAGUGGUGAAAAGCCUUUCCACUGCACUGAAUGUGGCAAAUAUUUCAGCACCAAACAGAAUCUUGAAGUUCAUCAGAUAAUUCACACAGGAGAAAAACCAUACGAGUGUCCUCACUGUGAGAAGAGAUUCAGCCACAAAGGUUAUAUGAAGAGACAUGUGUUUACACACACCAAUGAGAAACCGUAUCAGUGCAGUGAAUGUGGAAAACCAUUUAAGUAUUUAUGCUCUUUAGCAUUACAUAAAAAAAUACACAGUGAGCAGAAACUCUAUCAGUGUUCACACUGUGAUAAACGUUUUCAGCAGAAAGUUCAGCUGAUAGUUCAUGGGAGAAGUCACACCGGGGAAAAACCUUACGUCUGCUCUCAUUGCGGUAAGAGCUUCUCUAGUUCAUCUCAUUUCAGUGCCCAUCAGAGAGUUCACACUGGAGAGAAACCUCAUCACUGUAAUGUUUGUGGGAAGAGUUUCAGUUGUCAACGCAGUUUAGUAUUACACCAGAGAACUCAUACAGGUGAAAGACCUUACAAAUGCUCUCAGUGUGAGAAGACGUUCGCUUACUCAAGUACCUUAAAAGUCCAUCAAAGACUUCACACUGGAGAGAAACCUUACGUCUGCUCGAUCUGCGGAAAGAGCUUCUCUAGUCCAUCUCAAUUAAGUGUUCAUCAGACACUUCAUACUGAAGAGAAACCUUACGUCUGCACUCAGUGUGGCAAGAGAUUUUCUGAUUCAUCUCAAUUAAGCUUUCAUCAGAAACUUCACACUGGAGAGAAAUCUCAUCACUGUACUCUUUGUGGGAAGAGUUUCAGUCGACACUCAAACUUAGUAAAGCAUCAAGAAACUCAUACAGGUGAAAAACCUUUCAAAUGCUUUCAGUGUGAGGAGAGGUUUACUGAGUCAGGUCACUUAAAAGCCCAUCUGAAAUUUCAUACGUUUGAAGGUGUUAACAUACACACCAAUUCAUACUCCAGCACAGGUGGUGGCGGUAUGCAUCAAACAGUUUGUUUCCGACCCGCCAAUAAAUCCAUAGAAGAAGAAGAAGCGAUAUGUUGCUUUAUUUCUGUACACUUUCUUGAGUGUUUUAUUGAGUGUAAACAGAGUCUUGUCUCUGUGUAUUUUAGUGUUGAUGAUGAGAUGAAUGUGAUGUGCUGUAAAUCAGGAACUGAUCAGGACUUACAGGAUGAUGAAUCUACUGAUCAAACCUCCACAGAGUCUCUGGAUUCUGUCUGUAACGCUGGAGAACAGCAGCAGAUCCUGCAGACCAAACUCAAGAUGUGUUCAGUCAAACUUAUCGACUGCACGAAACUCAUGAUAAAGAUCAAAACUGAACCUACAGAAAUUAAAACUAAACCUACAGAAAUAAAAACUGAGCCGUCAGAAGAAGAGGAAGAUCACACUGAUGAUAAUGUGAACCAAACAAAGAUAAAAACAGAAGCCAAAAAAGAAGAACAUACUGAUUGUGAUUUCAUUCCUUCAGAUGAGAUCAGUGAUUCAUGUUUGAAUGGAGAACUAACAUCCUCAACAGCAAAAGAGGGACUGACAGCACAAACUCAAGAGAAGAAGAAACUUCAUUCAGAAAAGCACAGAGAGAAGAAGAAGCAGUUUCACUGUAAGCAGUGUGACAAGGAUUAUUUUGCAACAACCACUCAUAUAAAGGUUCACAUGAGGACACACAGUGAUGAAAAGCCUUUCUACUGCACUGAAUGUGGCAAAUAUUUCAGCAGCAAACACAGUCUUGAUGUUCAUCAGAGAAUUCACACAGGAGAAAAACCAUACGAGUGUCCUCACUGUGAGAAGAGAUUUAGGGAUGCAUACAGUGUUAAGUCACAUGUGCGUUUACACACCAAUGAGAGACCAUAUCAGUGCAGUGAAUGUGGAAAAACCUUUAGGUUUUCGGGCUCUUUAAAAUCACAUUUAAAAACACACAGUGAAGAGAAACUCUAUCAAUGUUCACACUGUGAUAAACGUUUUAGUCUACAAGGUCUGCUGAAACGCCAUGAGAGAGUUCACACUGGAGAGAAACCUCAUUACUGCAGUGCCUGUGGGAAGUGUUUUAGGAGGCAUGAACAUUUACUUAAGCACCAGAGAACUCAUACAGGUGAAAAACCUUUCAAAUGUUCUCAGUGUGAGAAGACGUUUGCUCGAUCAGAUGUCCUGAAGACCCAUCAGAGAGUUCACACUGGAGAGAAACCUUAUCACUGUGGUGUCUGUGAGAAGAGUUUUAGUCAACAGUCAAACUUUCUAAUGCACCAGAGAACUCAUACAGGUGAAAGACUUUAUAAAUGCUUUUAUUGUGAGAAGACGUUUAUUCAGUCAGGUUACUUAAAAAUCCAUCAGAGAGUUCACACUGGAGAGAAACCUUGACACUGCUUGAUAUGUGGAAAGAAAAUUGUUCAUUUAAGGUCGUUUACAGUGUCAUCAGAACAUACAUACCAAAGAACAAACUACACUGCAAUAAUUUGUUUUUCACAAGUCACAUUUAAUUUUCUGUUUCUGUGAGACCUCACGUCACUUUGAAAUCAUUAUUACAGUCAUCAUUUGCUGACUGUCUGGAUGAUUCCAAUGUGUGUGUUCUAAGUAUUAUGUUGUUAAACAUCGUUUGACAUUGUUUGUUUAAUGGUCUGGCAAGUGGCUAAACUGAACUCUGGAACAAAUGUCUUGACAAAAAUAAAAAAUGUUUUGGCCCAAAAUGGGUAAAUAUUGGACAGACCACAUGCUGGGUAAAAAAUUACCCAAUGUUAGGUUUAUUGUUAUGCAACCAUGGGGUAUAAUUACAAAACCAGCAGUGUGUUCUGUCCAAUAUUUACCCAUUAUGGGUUAAAAAUAAUCCAGCCGUUUUGAAAGUGUAAUGGCACAUCACAAUUGAGUUUCUAGAAUAAGGACUUUAUAAAGGUUUUGAAUGGCCCAAUGUUGGUGACAAUCAAUAAACAAUAAUCACAAAUUGUCUUACUGUAUAAAAACUUGUUUAUGAAGGUUUGAUCAUAUACAGUGGCAUGUGAAAGUUUGGGCACCCCUGCUGCUAGAUUUUACUUAACCUGCUGUGCAUGAACAAAGCCAUUCCUUAAUUGAUGUGUUUCCCAUUUGAAUUGUCAACGUAUGGCUGUUGCUUGCACUGGAGCCUAUAGGCUUUAGCUUCAAAUUUGAUUAAAUUAAUUUCUAAUCGGUUUCAUA